CUGAUGACUGCGGUGCUGUGGACUGGUCUGAUCGUCUAACGUAGAUCUCCUCAGUGUUUUUCGGUUUCUUACGGAACAGUGUCUCCAGAGGUGAAGCGCUACACAUUUGAGGAAGAUGUCUGUGGCCGGGCUGAAGAAGCAGCUGCACAAAGCCAGUCAGCUGCUCAGUGAAAAGAUCAGUGGGGCAGAGGGGACGAAGCUGGAUGAAGACUUCAUGGAGAUGGAGAGGAAAAUUGAGGUGACCAACAAGUCAGUGUUUGACCUCUUGUCCAAAACAACAGAAUACCUCCAGCCUAACCCAGCUUCUCGAGCCAAACUGAACAUGCUGAAUACAGUGUCUAAGAUCCGGGGGCAGGUGAAGACCACUGGCUACCCUCAGACUGAAGGCCUGCUGGGAGAUUGCAUGCUGCGCUACGGCCAUGAACUGGGAGAGGACUCUGUCUUUGGCUGCGCUCUGGUGGAUAUGGGUGAGGCCAUGAGGCAGAUGGCGGAUGUGAAGGACUCCUUGGACAUAAACGUCAAACUCAACUUUAUUGACCCCCUUCAGAAUGUACAGGACAAGGACCUCAAAGAGAUCAUGCAUCACUUGAAGAAGCUGGAGGGCCGCCGGUUAGACUUUGACUAUAAGAAGAAGCGUCAGGGGAAGAUUGCAGAUGAGGAGAUCCGGCAAGCUGUGGAGAAGUUUGAGGAGAGCAAAGAACUGGCUGAGAGGAGCAUGUUCAACUUCCUGGAGAAUGAUGUGGAGCAGGUGAGCCAGCUGUCAGCUCUGGUCGAUGCAGCUGUAGAGUACCACCGGCAAUCAUGUGAAAUCCUGGAGGCGCUGAGCAGAAAGCUGCAGAAGACGAUAUCCACAACCAGCAGCCGGCCCAAGAGGGAGUUCAAACCAAAGUCCAUUAGGAGCAGCAUGGAGACCCUGGACAACAAUCAGCACAACGGCAUGUCCUACAGCUCCUCGCUCAGAUCCACCGAUAUCCAGACCAACCACACAGUCAAUGGAAAAACUGAUCAUGUAACCUCUGUUCCACUGUCAUGGCCUGAGAGCCCCACUACCAAUGGCAAUGUUCACCAGUCAGAGGUGUUGGACCAGCCGUGCUGUCGCUCCCUCUACGACUUUGAGCCAGAGAAUGAGGGCGAGCUGGGCUUCAAGGAAGGUGACAUCAUCAUCCUCACCAACCAGAUAGACGAGAACUGGUAUGAGGGCAUGAUCAACGGUGAGUCCGGCUUUUUCCCCAUCAACUACGUGGAGGUCAUCGUCCCCCUGCCUCAGUGAAGUCCUCUGCAGGCUCCCUCCUGCCUCACCACACUCGGCCUCUGUCCUCAGCUCGACUCGGACCUGAAAAUGCACGAGCCAGCUCAGCCAGAAGCUGAAAAAAACACAAGAGAAGACAAGUAGUUUUGUCCCAAGCCAACUUCUGAUCAAAUGUCACUGAUUACAUUUUUUUGCUGUCGAUAUUUAUGGACCUGAAGCCAACUGAAGCCCAAGCCAUUAAGUGGGACAUUCUUCCUGGUUGGCCAGACCACCUGUUUCUGCUGAUCAAAGUUUAUCUCCUUGAGCUGUCUGCCUGUGUUUGGCCCCUCACCACAAAGUGAGGCUCCUCAACUCUGGACAUCAUGACUGUAUUGUAAGUCACUACAGACAAAGUGAAUGCCUUUAUUUCCAUUACAGUCCCAAUAGGAAUAUUAAAUACAUUUCAGGAUAUAUUCAGUCCCGUGACAGUGUCAUAUAGUAACCCAAAAAAAUUAUAGAGGCUUUUCAAUUUGUAUCACAAAUCCCCUCAUGGUGAUAGCUUUAAUUGUCAUGACCUCUUGCAUCAUGCUGACCACAUACAAGCCAUCAUAAUCAAAGAGUUUAGUCAGGUGAAUCAAGGGUUAAAUGAUCAGCUUUGGCUCAUCCAAAUGAAGAAUGGAAUUUUAUUUUGUGGUGCUCACAGGAUUGAACAAAGACAAUUAAAAAGAAAUUAAAAAUUUGAGCAGCGGCCAAGAAAACAUGAUUUGUUUAAACUUUGGUGAACUUACCCUUUUUAAAAUGGAGAUGAAGUCUUGGUGAGUUGAUAACCAGCCUGCAUGCUUCAGCAAAGCCCCACGUUUUAUUAGGCACUGCUGCAGUAGAAGAGCUGCAGUGUGGCCGCUGCUGUCCUGUAUGCCACUGAUGUGUUUCCUAUUUCAAAAGCAUUUCAUGUUCUGUGUUAUUAUCCAAACACAAGCCUCGCUUUUUAAGUGCUAAUAAUGAUUUGUGAGGCAUCCAAGUGGAGUCCUGCCAAAGUACAAAGAUAAUUUCAGUUUAUUACAACUUCUUUCUUGUUUUGGUCAGCAUUUCUAUCAGUAAUAAUUACAAUGUUCUUGUCAAGUUAAUUACUGAGAUUGGGAACGUGGUAUCAUUGCUGAAAAGGAGCUGCAGGGGUCAAGAAACACCCGCAGUCAGUUGGGUACUUCUGUGUUAUGAUCAUCAUCAGUUAUCAUCUGCAGCUCCCCUCAGCUCAGUAAGGCGUGAAAGUUUCAUUUUUUUUGAUUUUCCAGCCUUCUAAUGUACUGUUCUGGUUCAGUCUCAAUCGGCUUGUUUUCAGCAGCAGCAGCAGGCCUGCACACGACCUGCUUAGCCCCAAACAGCAGACAGACGACAUCAGAAGAAACACAGUUAGUUCUAAUAUGUCAUAAUAUGUGUUAUGUUCAGCUGGUUGUGGAAGUCUGCCCCCAAGUGGCCAAAUUCAAAGUGAUUCAUGCUGCUUAAAACAAACCUCCAGGUUAGCCAAACAAGAAAGAGAAGAGAAAGGAAAGGAAAGGAAAAGAAAAUGAAGGCACAAGGUCAAAUUAUUAUCCAGACUGGCUGUUGUUACCAUCUAUCACCACUUCCUGAUUUAACUUUGACCUACCUUACUCGCCAUAGUUGUGCACACACUAUUUUCCUGUGUGAGGAUUAUUGGCAGCGUUUCAGGUGGCGUCACUUCCAGUUUUACCUCUAAAACUUCUUGUUUAGAUGAUCUGGAUAAAGAGUCUGUGCACUUGUCUGACUGCUCGUGUUUCCUUCCCAGAUUUUCCCAGAUUUCAGGAAUUUCUUUGGUGAGUACAAUGACUGAUAGAAACGAUGGCCAAAAUGACAAAAAAAAAAUAACGUUCAAGUUAUUAUAAAGCAGAAUUAUCCUUUAAGCUUUAGCUGGAUGGCACUCUUUAUUUUCGACAUGUUGUUAUUUUGUGAGCAUUUCGAGCCACGGCUCUUGAACAGUGAUGAACUCACCGGUUAAAGUCAGCAUCACAUUCCACUGGGAUCAUGGGACACAGUACGCGAUGUACAGGAUGUUAUCACUGUUGGACUGGGCCUGUGUUCAGGCUGGCCUGUCUCGUGUUGUAACUCUGUACCCUUCUGCCCCCCCCAAACUGCCUGCCUGCUAGCCUGCUGUGCUCUUAGGACUGCGAGGACCUUAACUGAACUUCAUCUCUCUGAAUGUCCCUCUCUCUGUCUGUCUGGAGAUGAAUGCCUUGUCACACUGAAAUCAUAUGAAAGUGCUUUUUGAACUGUCGUCUGUCUUGCACUGAAGCUUUAGAAUCUACCUACCACUUACAGCCUGCCUAUGGACAUGCACCUUUUUGUUGGUUUAAGAUUUGUUUUUUUUUCUUUCAGCGUUGCACUUUUAUAUUAUUCACAAAGGGGUUACAAUCACUACCAUAUCUGAUAUAUAUGUGAAUUCAAAAUGGUAAAUACUUAGUUUUAUGUGACCACAGAGGUGGAUGUACUGUGCUGCAUUAAAUCCCCUAUUCCAAUUCUUGUAAUGUAGAUUGUAAAAAUGGUUGUACCGCAUCUUAAAUCGGAUGUAUACAGAGUCUGUGGAAGUAGACAGUCCUGUUACCUUGUGAAAUUCAUUCCAGCUCUCUUAUUAGCUCGUGAUAAGCCAUAGGAUAAGUUAAGGCCUGGUGUUACUGUGUGGCUGUGCUGAUAAAUCUGUUCAUUUAGGAAGUUCCAUCAUAGCUUGAGCUGGUAAAGCCCCUCAGUAGACUAGUAGUAGUAGUUACAUGCCACCAAACUUACCAUAAAUCCUCAGAGAGGCCAAGGUCUUUAUUUACCUAAACUGCAGAGAAAACCAGGCCUUUACUUGAAUCUUUAUAUUGAAUGUCUCGUUUGAUUCAUUUUAUCAUGUUCUAGUAAGUUUUCUGACCUGCUUCUGUUUUACUGUGCUGUUGAUGCAAACGAAAGCUCGCUGCUGUCUGGAUAGAUUCAUGAUAUUCUACAUCCACUGCGCUAAUUCAGUCUGUACAACAUAUCCAUGUCAUACUCACCACUCAGAUAAAUGUAUAAACAGAAAUAUCAUUGAAUAUCAUUAUCUCAUUAAUUUAUUCCUAUUCCUUCAUGUUAAAUGUUCUUUUGAAAGGUUUUACAUUAAAAGCUUUCCUGUUGCUCAAAGGGCAUAGAGUUGCAAAAUUGGGUCAGCUAGUCCAAUUAAUUUUCUCCACAAACAAUGUGAGUUUGCAGACAUUUCAAGUACUUCCAUGGCUUGGAUGGGCAUUAUAUUUAUUUAAAAUCCCAUGGUGCAUAUCAGCAGGAACCCUCUAAUCAUAGUUUAAAGGUCUGUUACGUGCGCUGCUGAUGGACACGAAGCGAAAGAUUCCUUUGGGAGAGUGCAUUUCAUUUGAGAAAACUGAUUUUACAGUCUGAAGCUUAAAUCAUUUUGCCUUUGGAUUCAACUGCAAUCAGAAUCCAGAUUUAAAGUCAUUUUUAUAAUAUCUGCAGUCCCUGGUAGGCUUUUAGUUUGCAUUUCAUUGACUGUAAGUUAUCAGCAAAACAAUUAGUUCAGUUAACGAUUGACUGUUUAAUUAACAAAACAAUUGGUCUUUUGAACAGAGUGAAACUCUGAUGUUGUACUGAUGGAAUUAGUGGUGUGGAAAUGUACAUUGUGCUGAAUUUACCAAAUGAGCCAUCAGAGUACAGCUUAUUCCACCCAAAUUCAGUGUUUAGCCACUGACCAGCCUUUAUUUGACCACUAUUUCAAUGCCAGCUUUUAUUCAAGAUUUCUCAGUACUCAAAAUGAGUACAACUGAGGAAACGUGAUAAUUUAUCAUAUGUGGACCAACUGUACUCUAUAUACAGUAGAGAGAAAGUAAAGAUGUAUUGGAUACUAGCUUGUAAUUGCUUAGACGUUCAUGUUGCAUGAUGAUCUUUUUUUUUCUAAAGACUGUGGUUUUGGGUUUUGGAUUCCGGAGAAGAGUCACAGUAUAUUACAGAAAGGGUUAAACCAGGAAACAGAACAGAAGGACAGAAAGAAGAAACAGAGUGUACUCAGCUAUACUCACUAUUUCCAAAGCUGUUUACAGAUUUAAGACUGAAUGUAAGAUUAACCUUUUUUAAACGAGUUUUUUAUUUUUUUUUUGCAGUUAGCCCCACAGUAUGAAUUACUGACUCUGAGACACUAAAACAAGAUCUCCCUCUCUCUGUACCUCUGUUUGCCUUUGCACUCCACACGAUUCUCUUGUCAGUAUUCAUUUUAAAGAAAUCUGACUGUGCAGUUCUGUUUUUUUUUCUUUCAGUACCAUAAUUUAUGCAAAAGGUGUUUUAUAGAUGUUCUAAAUGAAUAUAUGAAUAAAUAUAUUGAGUAAAUAAAUGACAAGCAACUAUU